AUGACGUUGACAGGAAGACUGUGGCAGUUUUCCUAUUCAACUUCGCCCCUGUGACUUUUGUUUGCAGUGGUGAUGUUUGUGGAGUUACAGAAGUGACAAUGCCUGUGCAGAGUGUGCCAGUCCGGGAUGCGGCCAUACAUUUCCGUUUACUGCAGCAGUAUCUGGUUCUUCUGAAGAAAUAUCCCAUCCUUACAAAGUCUGUUACGAGUGGCAUCCUCUCAGCUUUGGGAAAUCUUCUGUCUCAGAUUCUGGAGGCAAGGAAAAAGGCCAAAAAUGGAGUCCCAGCCAGUGAGAUUGACACAGCUGGAGCUACACGCUAUGCCAUCUAUGGGCUGUUUAUUACAGGACCAGUGAGCCAUUACUUCUACCAGCUGAUGGAGGUGUGGAUGCCCACCACAGACCCAUACUGUAUAGUCAAACGGCUGCUACUGGAUCGGCUUAUUUUCGCCCCCGGCUUUCUGCUCCUUUUUUACUUUGUAAUGAACAUUCUGGAGGCUAAAGGUUGGGAAGAGUUUGAAAGAAAGAUGAGAAAAAGUUACUGGACCGCUUUGAAGAUGAAUUGGAAAGUCUGGACACCCUUCCAGUUCAUCAACAUUAACUUUGUGCCUGUUCAGUUCAGAGUGCUGUUUGCCAACAUGGUCGCCUUAUUUUGGUAUGCCUACCUUGCAACAGUGAGGAAAUGAUGCUUCUGAAGAUUUCUUCACAGAAAACAAAUCAGGAGAAAGCUGCUUCUUCACAGUGGCCUUGUGACAGACCUGUGAAUGGCAGACAACUGAGAAGUCUGGACGACUUAAAACCUCUUUCUAAUCUGGACAGUAAUUUUCACAAACAGUAGCUCUUCUAAUUAACUCCUGUGUGGUGAGUUUAAGCCAUUAUAACAUGCUGCUAAGAUAUUUUGUGGUUGUGAUAACAGAACAUAAUAAAUGUAGUUUGUAAUACUCUUAUUGUUUUACAGAUCACUGCCAAAAUCUUGUAAGAUGUUAUAGUAAUUCUUGAAUUAUAUGACUGAGAUAUUUUAACUGUUUUUAAAAUAUGCAAUGUUAAAGUGAGUCUUUUUCGUUUCUUGUUGUGGCCUGUACAGGGUAUAGCUCCACCACUGAGUUGAAAAACAGUACAGGAAAUGUGAAGAGAUAUGUAAAUUCACAUUUCAUUUUUUACAGUGCCAGAGUAACAUGAUUACACCAUGAUGUAUUUUGUCAAUUUAAAAUUGUAACAACUAUCCUUGUAUUACCAGAAUACCAAAUCACUAAGUAGUAAACCAAAACAAAAUGUUUUUGACACAGAAUUACUUGACAAUGGUCGCUGAAGUAAAACCUUAAUUUAAAAAAAAAAAAAAAACAAUAAAAAUUUAUAUAAUCAAGCAGGCUGCUUUGUAUUCAUA